AUGUCAACCAGUUCCACCUUUACCAAGGGUAUGACUGAGAGUUUCCUUCCCAUAGGGCGUAUGGACCCAAGGCUUAUUCUCGGCGCACCUAAAAGCCGUAUGCUUGUUCGAACCAUCCCCGAGUCAGUGACAAGGGAUUACGAAGAACUAGAUGAUCUCUCACAAUGCCCGACACGAGAGGUUGUCAACGCAGCCUCCAAUAAUUACGGCGGCUUCACUCAUUACGAGCACCGGAGCGCUGAACUCAUACAGUCGACACUUAGCCAGCUGCCGUUCAACCCAGCGCCUAUGAAACUUGAAGCGCGGGCUAGGAAGGACUUGGCUGCAUACAUGUCUGCCGAAGUCUGCGUUACAACGACAUCUGGAUUUGGUGCAAAUAUUUUGGCUUUCAGGACCGUGGCUGAAACUGCUGCUGCAUUAUCUCGCAGAUGCAUCUUCUUGAUGGACCGGGACUGUCACAGCUCGAUGUUCACUGGGGCCUUUAUGAACGAACGUGCCACUUCCUAUAGGUUCAAGCAUAAUGAUCUUGGGGACCUGGAAUACAAGCUCCGGCUACUCUACGAGAAGGCUCCGGAUGCUUUUGUCUGUGUAGCAGUUGAAGGGCUUUAUAGUAUGGAGGGUGUCGUAUCUCCUGGACCGGCACUCUUGGCACUAAAAAGGCUAUAUGGAUUCUGUCUGCUAAUUGACGAAGCCCAUGCAUUUAUGUCGAUGGGCUCUGGUGGACGCGGUUCGUUUGAGUGGUGGCAGAAUCGAGGCUACGACUGCCCAUUGAGUGAUGCCGAUAUUAUCACAGCUACUUUGUCUAAAAGUGUUGGCUGCACUGGAGGAUUCGUCGCCGCAAAUGGUAUCUGUGCCCAACAGCUUAGACUUCAAGAUGAGCUGUUAUCACACGAAGGGGCAGAAUCUUUGUCCACGGUAGCUCUUGUACGGACUUUAAGCCUGCUGAAAAAGACCCGUUUGAUUGAGUAUCGCAUGCGUCAAUUGAAGGCCAAAGCGGGAUUUGUGCUCCAGAGACUCACAGAAGCAGGAUGCAAGGUCCUCUCCUCUCCAGAUUCAGCCAUUAUAUGUUUUCCUGUCGGAACUGUUCGACAGGCGUCAAUGUUUCAUGCAGAGGCCCUCAAGAGGGGCUUUGCCGUAGCCUGUGGUGUGCCACCAGCUACACCUCUUUGGGCCUGUCGAAUUCGAAUGUGCGUGUUUGCUACGUCCUCCUGGGCUGACAUCCUGAAUCUGGUCAACGCAACGAUCUCAGUGGCUUGCAAACUAAAUAUCCAUGGGAUCAAACCCAUGGUAUUGGAUGAGAGCUGCCUUCCUUACGAUAGUGGGGAGCCGCUAGAUGUAGCUGCAGAGAGUGAGGCGACAGAUAAAGAGUUUCAUGAUUAUAUUACCACACUCAGAGUGUCCGAUAUGCCUUCCCAAGAUCUUUUUCCUGCGCCCCACCAAAAGGAGGUUGUAUUCGCCGGGCAGGAGGCUUUCAAGAAGUAUGGAGUUGGGCCGUGCUCGGCACGGUGGUUUUACGGAUCGUUUGACAUAUUCGUCACCCUGGAAAGACGCCUAGCGAAAUUAUACCCCUCCCUCCAAAUUCACAUGGGUCGUUGUCGAGGCAUGAUCUGUGCAGAUACUGAAGUCAUGCUGGUGUCCCUCCUUAAUGCCUGCUCCGAGCCAGUCUACUCACAGGAGAUACUUAAUCUGGUCUUAAUCCCGAGCGAUGCCCCAUGUUCAGUCCGAAAUGGAGCCAGGCUGCACAAGGCUAGCCAGCGGUCUCGAACCCAGGUUUACGAGACAUUGAGUGACUUGAUAAUACCAACCGAGCAAGUCUCAUGGACAGGCCAGAAUCUGCACUUGACGAUUUAUCUACAAACGGUGCAGGGAAACAGCAUCCUCGACCUAGGGCAGAGAGUACAGACUAUUCUUGGCAUGGUAGGAGAAGACCGAGUGAAAGGACUGGCCCUUAUUCUGGAUGAUCGACAGGGUCUGGGCAAAAUCGGACCCCGGAACCUAGGGUACCUGGACCUAAUGGAGCACCAACACGGGAAGACCUUUUUCCACACUGCCCUAGGGCCUACAGCAGAGAAAACAACUGUUUUGAUUACGGGAUCUUGGUUCGACAGUUUCGGGCACCAGGGAGGAUAUAUUAUCGGUGGUGCUUCAAUGAUUGAAUCUCUGACGGUGAAGGCGAAGGCCUUCCUGUUUUCCACACCACCGAUGCCCGUGCAAGCGGCUAUGUCUGACCGGGCUCUGGAGAUACUUUCAUCGGCUUCCCCAGAGUCGUCGGAUCGAAGUUAUGAUUUCGAGCAGAAUCCAUUACAACCCCCUGAUGAACCGGACUACGCUGCACAUAGUUCCGAGUGCUCUGGUGAAUCCGGUCUAGACCAGCUUCUGAUCCGCAAGGAUAGCGCCAUUGUGUUCGUGACUGGGGAGCUUGAGAGCGAUUCAGACGAGGCCAAAUCAAAGCUGUGA